GAAGCUUACAGGGCCCCAGAAGCAACACACUCCAUACGCCGACGAAAGCUCGCGGAAGACGUUCGCUCCAGACCAGUGGCCCGAGUCGGUGUGCGCCCAGUGCGUGUGCGCGUGUGUGUGUACAGUGAAUUUUCCUUGCUGUGCUGCGCUCAUCCCGAAAAAGAAGCAGGUUUUUCGGGUUUUACGGGCACAGCUGCCACCGUGCGGUGGAAAACAGUGUUGUGUGAUAAUACAAGUUAGUGUGUGGGCCAGGUAGAUCAGUGUGCAGUGAUUUUGUGUGUGUGUGUGUGUAUGAAGUGUGAGCUUUUCAGCUGCGUGUUGUGAAUACAAAAAAAACAUCGCACAUACACACAAACACGGAUGUGAGCUGUGUGAGCGCCUCCGGAAAUAGGUGGCCCGGAACGUCGUUCGAGUGUGUAACUAAAAGGGAAAAAUAAGAAGAAGAACAAAAUAUCACACUCCGAACUCCUCCUCACUUCACUCCUACAAGGGAUGGUUCGGCUUGCGGCCAGUUUGCCGUGGGCAGUCGGAUACCCUACCGCAGCCUUCGCGUUCGCCACGCCACGAACCCGAUAACGCCCGGACCGACGGAUCGGUGGGUUUUAUGCAAUCGCCGGCGACCGGCCCGUAACGCGUGGCAUGGUGAGCAGCAGUAUGGUGAGGAGUGGCCCUGCGGGCAGUCCAAACGUGGCAGUGAAAAUGGCCGUCGGGACGAUUUACCAGCGGCCGGUGGAGGUGUACCCGUACGAUAGUGGCGAGCUGGGGGGAGCACCCACCGUGGUGGUGUUGGCCAGUGUGUACCAAGUUUAGGCCAGCCCCUCUGCUGGAAUGUGUUCUAGUGUUCCGUUUUGUGCGUCAUCUAUCACACAGCACUACGCUUCUUUGUGACGCUUCUUUUGAUUUUCGGUGAAGUAAAAAAAAACAAAAAAAAACUUCCGGAAAAAGCAUCACAAAUGUACGCAAACAGCUUCUCGGUGCGAAAAACAAAUACCCAGACCGUGCCCUGAAAGGGACACGUAGGGUGUACGCGUGUCGUAGUGGUGUGGUAGCUGCUAUUUCGUAACAGCCCCGAGUAGUAGUCGCCCCCGGUGCGCGGUUUGGGGCACGCUAUGGGGACGCCCAGUAGUGUGAGGGAUGCUGUGAAUUGCUCAUCCUGUGAAGCUCGUGCGUGCAUCAGCCUUGCCGAAAAGUGCAUCGUGAAAACGAACGCUCAAAACGUUUGAAAGAAAAGUGUGCAAAAAAGGGGGGAGAAAAAAAGCGAAACACAUACGACAGAAAACGGCGACGUAAAUCCAGCCUUCGCUUUCCAGCGCACGUUCCCGUUUUUUCCGGUGCGAGAGAGCGUGGAGUGAGUUUGCACCCCGUAGGACGGGCGCAGCCCGUUUUUGCACGUACGCAGCCCAGCAGGCGAAGGUCGCGUACUACGUGUAACCGUGUGUGUGUGUGAGCGUGAGCGCGGUGAGCGCGCGCCUUUUCUCACGCGCUAAGUGGUGAGAAGAAAAAAUAAAGCGACAAGGGAGCGGAGGAGAGCUGCGUAAUGCAUGGUGCGGAGGAGCUGUGCGGAUUUACAGCAGCUUCCCAUUGCCGUGCUGUGUUACCAGUGCGCCAAUUUACGCGAAAACGGAAGCUGCAAAACACAAAACGCCAACUAGACCACAACGCAACCACAAUACACGCGAAGUGGUGAAAAUAAAGUCCGAACGCUAGUGAGAGUGGAGAGUGAGCGAGUGAGAGAGUGAGUGGUGAGUAAAACAGAGGUAGUAAAAGAAGAAACAACGGUAGCCGAAAGAAAAAGCUCUUUACGGGGAUGGAAAUCGGAAGAACAACAAACAACCUGCCGCACAGUGAGUUUAGCGGACGGUGUAGACUUUCGGCGAAAGUGCCACGCAAGAUGGCGUCCGCUAGUGAUGGUGGUCGGUUGCGCCCCAGUGUGCUGCUGACCCUUUUGGCGGCCGUACUGCUGGCCCCAGCGGUGUACGCUCAGCGUCCGCUCGGCAACUCCACGUUCGGGGCGUCCCACAACUCGUCCGGUGUCAUCAACGCCCAUCCGGUGCUGACCACCAGCACCACCACCACGACCGAGACGCCCCGUUCCGUGCUGCCGGCCUCCGCGUCCGGCUUUGAAGAUUCAUUCGAAGACGACAGCUCCGAUCUGGAGGAGCACGAACACCACGACGAACACCACGACCAUGAGCAUCAUCUGCACCACCAUUACGAGCAUCAUGAUGGAGGUGAAAGUGGACACGGUAGCUUCCCGCACCCGAACGGGGAGAUGAAUGCCGGGGCAAGCCGGAACGGUGGACACGAUGGUGCUCCGAUCGGAUCGCGCCAACCGGGCAGUCGGUUAAUAAAUCCAUACUUCCCGACGCCCGCCUCAACGCAGGGCGGUUCGAAGACGACGGAACCGCAGAACCGGCGCCCGUUCAAUCCGGCCCGGCCCGGGCGCGGUCGCAAAACGUCACCGAUUAACGAGCUGCGCAAGCUGAGCAAAAUCUCUACCACCAACAUGAACGGGCUCGACUCGGGCGGUGAGCCUAUUUCGUACGGUUCGACUACGCACCGGCGUGGCCAGACGGUGCAUCAUGGGGGAGCGAAUGCGUACGGGCAGGAGAGUGCUGGUGGAGCUGCCGGUGGUUCUGCUGGAAGUGGUUCCGAAGCGGGAAGAGGAGGAGCUGGUGGUGGUGGUGGAGGCACCGUCCUACAGGGAGGACGUGGUGCAGCCGACUACGGCAAUCGUGGCCGGUCGGAUCCGGGCCGUGGGGUUGGCGUUCUGAUGCAAUCGCCCGGCUACUACACGUCCGGCUCGUCCUACAGCCGACAGGGUGAUGACCCACUGCGGACACUGAGAGCGCGUUACAACGAGGAGCGUUACCACAACUCCGUCCCCGAUCAGGGCUCCGAGAUGGACGAGAUACUCGGCAUGAAGUGCAACUUCGAGACGGAGUGUGCCUGGACGUGGGACGAGAACGAUCAGCACGGAUUCCAGGUGGUGACGGGCGUCAACCUAACGGAAUCGAACCGCACCGGGCUGAUGCCGGGACCGGGUGCCGAUCCGGCCCACAAUGCAAACGGUCACUUCCUACAUCUGCGGCUCACGCAGGACAGUCAGCCGCAAAUUCUCACCUCGCCGAUUUUCGGUGCCACGAAGGAAAACUGCUACCUGGAGGUGUUUACGCACCAGAGCGCGAUGCAUCAUGGGAGCAUACGGAUCGUGAUCGAGACGAUCGGCAACCAGGAGUCGAGCUGGGUGCCGGCCGAAAUUAUGGGCAACGAUCUGCGCCGCUGGCAGCUGAACACGUUCCGCAUCGAUCGCAUCUCGAAGGACUUUAAGGUGCUGUUCGAGGUGGUACCGAACAAGCUGGGCGGACAGGCGCGUGGGCACGUGAGCAUCGAUAACUUGCGCAUGGUGAACUGCUUCCCGGACUCGAUCAGCACGAACAACUGCAGCUACUCGCAGGUGCAAUGUACGGACAACAAGCUCCCUGUGUGCAUCAAAACACCAAAGAUCUGUGACAUCACAGUAGACUGUGACGACAAUGAGGAUGAAACGUUGAAUUGCGACAAAAUCCCGUUCGGUGGCCGGUGUGACUUUGAGUCGGGUUGGUGCGGUUGGCAAAACUACGGCAAUGUGAUACUUUCCUGGGCUCGACACUCCGGUCCAACGCCCACAGAAAAGACGGGCCCCGAUGUGGACCACACGCACGAAAACUCGAACGUCACCGGGUACUACAUGUUCGUCAACAUGAACCAGCACGCGAACGAUAGCGAAAAGAAGUCACUAGUCGGGUUAGCGAGCAAUGCCAUCAUGAACAGUGUCGUCUUCAACCCACCGCCGCUGGUACACACGAACGCAAGCUCCCCGUACCGGAACUCCUGUGUGGUACGGUUCUACGUCCACCAGUACGGCAUGAACCCGGGCAGCAUUAAUCUGUCCAGCGUGGAGAUCCGCGAGAAGGAAAACUUUACCACCACGCUGUGGUGGAGUUCGAAGAACUUGGGAGAGGAUUGGGUUCGGGUGGACAUAAUUCUGCCCAACAUUACGACGAAGUACUAUCUGCAGUUUGAGGCGCGGAUGGGUAUGCGCAUCUUUUCCGAUGUGGCGAUCGAUGACUUUUCGCUCAGCCCGGAGUGUUUUGGGUUGAAUAUACCGGCCGAACAUCUCCAAGGGUACAACUAUUGGGAUCCGCGCAUAGGCGGGGCGAAGCAACCGCACAAGGAUUUCGUUGGGAAGUCAUUCCUCGAACUGAACACCUGCGGUGCCAAGGGUCAGCAGGGUCCUACGCCGGCCGAUUGUCUGUCGUCGUACAACAACACGGAAGCGUUCAGUGCGGUUCACGUGAUCGACAGUCACCCGUUCAAGGGCAUCCAGGCGUGGAAGGUUCCCAAUGAGGGUUACUACACGAUCAUCGCUAAAGGUGCCGGCGGUGGUCUAGGAUCCGGUGGCGUUGGUUCAUCCCGCGGCGCAAUGGUACUGAGUGUGCUGGAGCUUCACAAGGACGAGGAGAUCUACAUCCUGGUGGGACAGAGCGGUGAGCACGCGUGCAUCAAAUCGAUGGGCUAUCGGGACGAGUCGUGCGAGACGCGGAACAAGCAGCUCAACCUCGACACGACCUGGAUGCACUCGAAGACGCAGCAGGUGAAGAACACGAUCAUCGAGGAAGGUGCCGGUGGAGGUGGUGGCGGGACGUACGUGUUUUUGUUGAACUCCGCAAAUACGGCAGUUCCGCUGCUGGUUGCCGGUGGUGGUGGAGGACUCGGCGUUGGCCGUUACCUGGACGAUGACAUUCAGCAUGGCAAGAAGUAUCUGUCGUUCAAGAAGGAUGUGUCGGGUACGGCACACGGGGAAUCGACCCGACAGGCCGGCCCGGGUGGUGGUUGGCGUGCCCAGGCUGAUAUGGGGCUGGAUCCACACUAUGGAGCGUCGUUGUUGGAGGGUGGCCGUGGAGGACUCCCUUGCUAUACGCCGCGUGGAACUCACGGACAGGGUGGCUUCGGUGGCGGUGGUGGAGGAUGUGAUACGGGCGGUGGUGGUGGUGGAUAUUCCGGCGGUGAUACGAUGAUCAAUUCUACCAACGGUGAGGGCGGUUCGUCGUUUAUGGCAUCGAAGCGCAACGUGCCGGAGCUGUCGAUGGAAUUUUCCGGUGCAAACGGUGGCCAUGGUGCGGUGUUGAUCAUCCCUGCGAUACAGGGCUGCGGAUGUGACUACCGGUGUGUGGCGUUGGACGAGUACCGUGCCACUGUGGGGUGCAUAUGUCCCGACGGGUGGACACUGAAACCGGACAACUAUACUGCGUGUGAAUUGCCCACGGAAGCCGUGGAAAUGAAGUACCUAAUAAUGUUCUUUGUCGUCGUGGUGCUCGUGCUUUGCGCUGCACUGGCCAGUCUUAUAUUGAUACUCUAUAAUCGUUACCAGAGAAAGCGUCAGGCGGCACUGCGCCACAAGAUGCUGCUCGAGCAGGACCUGCAGCUGAGCCGGCUGCGCAGUACGGCCGACGACUCGGCACUGACCAACUUCAAUCCGAACUAUGGUUGUGAUGGCAUACUGAACGGGAACGUGGAUGUGAAGAGUCUGCCACAGGUCGCUCGUGAAAGUUUGCGUUUGGUGAAAGCCCUUGGGCAGGGUGCUUUCGGUGAGGUGUAUCAAGGUCUGUACCGCCACCGGGACGGCGAUGCGGUGGAGAUGCCGGUCGCGGUAAAAACCCUGCCCGAAAUGUCGACCGGCCAGGCAGAGUCGGACUUCCUGAUGGAGGCGGCCAUUAUGGCCAAGUUUAACCAUCCCAACAUCGUGCAUCUGAUAGGCGUUUGUUUCGAUCGACAUCCUAGGUUUAUUGUGCUGGAGCUGCUUGCUGGCGGAGAUCUGAAGAACUUCCUCCGGGAAGGUCGCAAUAAACCGGAACGUCCCUCGCCACUAACGAUGAAGGAUCUGAUCUUCUGUGCGCUGGAUGUAGCGAAGGGCUGCCGGUACAUGGAGAGCAAGCGCUUCAUCCACCGGGACAUCGCCGCCCGGAACUGUCUGCUCAGCAGCAAAGGGCCGGGCCGGGUGGUGAAGAUUGCCGACUUCGGUAUGGCCCGUGACAUCUACCGCUCCGACUACUACCGCAAGGGUGGCAAGGCGAUGCUGCCGAUCAAGUGGAUGCCACCGGAAGCGUUCCUGGACGGUAUCUUCACCUCCAAGACGGACGUCUGGUCGUUCGGGGUGCUGCUGUGGGAAGUGUUCAGCCUGGGGCUGAUGCCCUACACCGGCCUGCCCAACCGGGACGUGAUGCAGCUGGUAACGGGUGGCGGUCGGCUCGACGCUCCCCAGGGCUGCCCGAUGGCCGUGUACCGCAUUAUGGCGGAGUGCUGGAAUCCAACGCCCGAAGAGCGGCCAACGUUCUCGAAUCUGCUCGAACGGUUGACGACCUGCACGCAAGACCCGGAGGUGAUGAACGCACCGCUACCCAGCUUCUUCAGACCACCGUCGAAUGAGCGUGACACGACGAUAAUGCGUCCGCCCGGGAACGAUGACUUCUGUCUGCAGGUGCCCAACUCCUCCGACUAUCUGAUACCGCUGCCGGGUCCACGCUCAGUAGCGGAGCGGCUUCUGAGCGAGGCGACCGGCGUCACCAUUCCGGACACGCUGAUGACCUGUACGCCGCCCAAGAACGCGUCCCCGCGCAUCAUGAACGGCCACACGGUGGUGGUGUCGAAUGCGCUCGUUGGCCACGGUGCACCGCAGCAACCGCCCAUGACGACCGUCACCGAUGGCGCCUGCUGGGAGACGUCCUUCAUACGCAAGCACCCGGGCCAGGCAUGCCCGGCCGGUGUUCCCCUUCCACCGCCACCGGUACUCGAUCCCGCCGAAGCAGUCCUUCCACCGAACGGUCCGUCGAUGGUGCCGCCACCGCCCGUACCCGAGGUGGCCGACAAGCUAAUAUCGCUCGACACACCGCAACAAACGCCGACCGCCAUCCAGCCGCCCAUCUCGUUCAGCAACAAUCCGGUCAUCGGUGAGCUCGGGGAGGGUGUCCCACCUGCCCCCACCAACGGUGGACCGAUGACGAACGGUAACGGUCACGGUCACGGCCCACCGAUGGUAGAAUCGCCGAUCGAGACGGCCAAGCUGCUGAGCAGCAUUCCGCCACCGAUCACGCUCGAUCCGGCUGCGCUUAGCAUGCAGCAGAACCACGUGGUCGGUACGUCGUACGCGAACAUCCGCAUGAUGAACAGCGCGAACGGGAAUGGCGCCGGCGGUGGCCAUAAUCACAGCAACAAUGGUAACAGCAACAACAACAACAACCAUGGCGAUCAUGGUGUGAUCGUGGACAAGCUGAGCGGCACCGGAGGGAUGGUGAUCACGUACAGCAACGGUCCGACGGGUGUUAAUGGCGGUGUGAAUGGUGGUAAUGGCGGCAAUGGCGGCAGCAACCACAGCACGAACGGUCACCACAGCCACGGUGGCAAUGGGGGAGGCGACAAGGGAUCGGGCGGUUCCGGGCAGGAUCCGUCCCGGCAGGCGGCCCCGUUCACGAUUCAAACGUUCAGCGAGCGGUACAUUAGCCCGGAAAACCAUUCCGAGAUCAGCUGUUAAGAUGGAAGGGGGAGGGAGGAGAAAGGGGAAGUGAUAGCGAUCAAUCGAAAAAUGCCAAACCACAAAAACACAAAAACACAUACACCCCGACACACUUAUAUAAAGUAUCAUUGGUGGACAUACAUUGGCCACUAAUUUAAAAAAGUAUUUCGUAACGAAAAUCAAUAUAUAUAUAUACAUAUGUAAUACUAUAUAAAGAAGAAUACACACAAACACACACAUAGUGACACACAAAUACAAAUAUACAAAUGCAUUAUUUGUACAUAUAUUGGCGUAAACUUAGUGAAAAUGGGAUGCAAACCAAACAAACACAAACACACACACAAAAGUUAGACUAUAUUUAUAUGAGCAAAACGAAACCCGCAGUGUUAGGUGGACAUGUUUGUAGGGUUGUCGCGGUAAGUGUGACAAACAAACAGAACAAAACAAAACAAAACAAACAUAAAUAACAUGAAUGUAAAACAGAUGGAAUAGAAAAUGUUUUGCCCUUUUUUGUCCAAACCAGUCCACCGAGUGGAGAAAAACAAGACGAAACAAGUGUGUGUGUGUGAAAAGGUAAAACAAAACAACAAAACAAACACAGUACAGAGAGCAACUGAAAAGAGAACAAGGAAAGUUACUAGUAAAGGUACUGAAUUCGAUUAGAAAUAACACAAACUAACAUGGAAAGACAAGAUCAGGAUAAACAGAUCAUAGAUUCUGCUGUAAAGUGUACAGCAACAGUAACCAAAACUGAGUUGUUUCAAAGCGUCCAACGCACCGUUUGUUGGGCGACCGUUCUUUUUGACCCUGCCCUCUCAUAGAAACACACACACAAAAAACGGGUUUUCUCCGUACAAAUGGCGUGUUGGGUGAGUAUUACUGUAGCAGGACGAAAUUUGUUACAAAACCAAAUGAAAUGAAGUGCUCAGAGAGGGGAGGCGAGGGGGAUGGAACAAGGUAUUCCGGCGUGUCAUUAGCUAGGGGACGAGAGCUUAUCCCACAUUUUAACAACGACAAAUUCACACCAAUGAAAAAGAGAGAGAGGGGGAGAUGAUGCAAAAAGAGUAAAAAAUCCAAUUUGAUAAAGUUCAGUUCAGUUUACGCUUACUAAUUCGUAUUGGAAGCUAUUGUUCAAGCAUUUCCUAUUAGAUAUCCUGUAUUAGUACACCUUUUCGUUAGUGUUUAUAGCCAGCGCCAUCUGGUUGAAAUCGGCAAAAGCUAAUCGUACCAGCGUACGUUUACAAACAUACGGCACAAAACUCCGGCUACUUUGCUAAACCGGGGUUAUGAAACCUUCUUUGCUCAAAGGAUAGUUGUUGUCCCGUUUGCUUAGCGGCGAUGACCUUCACUGCGUCCACCGCGCAGUUCUUCGGAUGGGAUUCGCAAAAGCAAAACUAACCUAUUAGUAGAGUACACUAGUUACGUUUCAGCAGUCGAUGCGGUUGUGAUGAUUUAGCAAAAGAGAAGCAAAAGCGAACAGAGCAGUUGUGUUGUUGUUUGAUUUAGGUUUAUAAUUUGUGUAAGAAGAAGAGAGAAAAAAAACACACAGCAAACAAAAUUGAGUCGUGAUUAAGGAUUGUUAAGGAAACAGAAAACGCUUGCGCUUUUCGAAGGGAAUUGGUGGUUUUCAGCUGUCGAAAUUAGGAGUCGAAAAUAAUUGCGCGAAGCUGAUUCGCGUGUGCGAUGAUAGUAUUGUUGAUUAUAUUUGAUUAAAAAAGAAGGGUUAAGCCAAAAAGCGUGCUGAUGAUGGGACAUUAGGGUAGCAAACGUUUGCAAUGUUGUUUUGAAGAAAGCAAAAAAAAGGUGACCCAUUGAAACAGGUUAGUGAGUUUAGAACGAGGGAACGUUUUCGGUCCCCGCCCCACAAAAAUGGGUCCGCAUUGUAUUAAUUACCGCACCCCGCAUUGGGUGGACUUUUGCAUUGCUCCAAGCGGUUUGUUUGCCGGGUGCGCUUUCCACGCACGCCCCUCCAACAGCCGCCCCGUUGUACUGAAGCGCUCAGCUACGAUGUUAUAAACUGUGUCUUUGUUUUGAUUGUAUACUACACAGUAAGCCAUGGCUCUUCGGUCGUCAGACUCUAAAUGCCGCUCAGUGUCCAGUGCUCAGUGUGCGUGCGUGCAUGUAUGUGUGUGUGCGUAUUUACUCGAUGUGUUUAAUAAGCAGUGAGUCGAAGGACAAACUUAGAGAUGUAUGCAAACACAUAUACACAUUACCACUACACACCACUAAGCAGGAACGUGCUGGACCGUUUCUCCGGCCCAGCCUGUUUUGUUUAGAGGGUUGAAUUCUCAAGAUGCCAAAACUAGUUAAACCAUGCAUAGCUCACUAGAAAGGACCGGGGGAAGGAGGAACCUCCCCUCCCCCCUCUG